GUCCUGAUAAAUAUAGUAUGUGGCGUGAGUUAUGUUCUAGAACUAGAGAAAAGUUAACCGAUCCAUAUUUGAGAGCAGCAUUUGCUUUUUUAACAUCAGAAACAGAAUCACAUGACGCUGUUCUAAACGAAGUUGGUAUACCAUUAGAAGACAGAAUAGCCUUUGCUUCAAUUUUUUUAUCAGAUAUAAAAUUAACUGAGUAUAUUAACACAAUUACCGAUAAAUUGUUGGAUCAAGGAAAUUUAACAGCAAUUUUUUUAACAGGUUCUUCUCCAGAUGUAGUUCCAUUAUUACAAAGAUAUUUAGAUAGUACAGGAGAUAUUCAGACUGUUAGUAUAUUAGUAUUAAAAACAAUCCCUAGUGAAAUUGUUCAUGAAAAUGCAGUAAUGAUGAGUUGGAUCAAUAGGUAUGAAAUAAUAUUUAGAUUUAAGAGGACGUSAUACCCGCAURUGUUGUCUCCGUCUUACAAAUGCGUAACAUGGUACAUUUUUCGCUCAGCAGAACACGUGUAGC